AUAUAUUAGUGAUUAAUAAAGGAUAGCCAGAAGUGGAUGGUUUGUUUUAAUAGGCUGCUAAGCUCGGAACUACACAAUACAAGUAGGUUCUCAAAAAAAUAAUAAACACUAGGUUGUUCGCAAAAAUUAGCAACAGGCGGUAAUCGGCAAGCACAUUUGAACGAAACACCAUGUCAAUGUAUUAAUGGUUUCAUCAAGAGAAUCCAAAGGUCGUAUCAACCACCGAUUAUGCACAUCCAACUGUAAACACGCGGUUGCAGGCCUACAGAGAAACGGAUGGCGCUUCAUUAAUAUCUUAGCUCGUGAAGGUUAACGGAACUGAUAAAUUACAUAUCUUCCAUCCGUUCUAAAGACAUUUUCUCUCGUAUAUAACGAUACACUAGGCCUGCGCUGAUCAAUCCAUCCGUCAAUUUUCACUCUCCUUUUCCAGGGUAGGCCUAUUUGAGUCAUUGAUUUAAAUUAUUUAAAAUAGCCAAGCAGGCUACUUAUAAACGGGUUCGCGUCACUUUUAUUACAAAUUAUAUAUAUGUAAUUUCCCGGACUGGCAUCCUGUGCAGGAUGUACCCCACCCUUGUGGAAAUGCGCUCCCGGGUGGUGGCUGUGCUCUACGUUUCGGAGGAAAAAUUGCAAUGAAAUACUAACUGUUAAGAAGAGUACGUCCCGUUCUUUCGACUGGUCAAACGUGAAAGGUAUCUUCGGAGGAUUCGCAAUGCUAUGGAAACGCCUUGCAGUAGCGCAUGAGGACGAAGCCCAGUUACCUCAGCGGCGCCUUAUUACGCUGCGCAGUUUAGGAGACGUGGUGCGCUUUCGCUGAUUUCUGUCACCCUGUCGAGAACAUCGAAAUAUUUCACAGUCUGACAUAACUGACUAUAAUCAUGGAAACGCUGAGGCUGAAUUCCCUCAAGAAAAUGUUAUCAAAGAAAUACAAGCACAGGCAUUUGAUUGCUAGUGAAAUAUGGAGCGUGAUCUGCCAGUACACCAGUCUUAAACCAGUGGUGGACACCUAUGUGUUCAACGACGGCUCCAGUAGUCACCUGAUGUGUCUAACGGGGACAAUCCCAGUGUGUCACAAAGGGAUGGAGUGUACCAUCCCAGUGUGCCUAUGGCUGCUGCAAAGCUACCCCCUGCACCCACCAAUUUGUUACAUACAGCCAACCAAAAGCAGCAGGAUUGUCAGGUCAGAAAAUGUUGAUGGUGACGGGAAGGUCGACUUACCUUACCUGCAAAACUGGAAGCCUCCUCUUACAGACCUGUACGGCCUGGUCCAGGUGAUGAGAAUUACGUUUGGAAAAGAGCUGCCCCUGUGCAAGUACAACGGCACGCCGGCAGGCCUGGAGACCAUCAACACAAUCCCAAAAAUCUGCUAUUUAUUCACUAACAUUCAGAUGGAUUUUUGUCACUGCCUGUGUCACAGACCCAAGCUGAGGCACAGUGGUCUGCAAGUAAAGGGUCAAAGGUCACCCUGAGCAAAGAGGAUGCCUAUUCAUCUAAUGAAUCAAAAUGUUAGCUGUUCCUCAGCCGUAUCCAUAAAAUCCACCAUAGAACGGAAUGAAACUUGUCAGAUAUAAAAGAUUCUCAAAUUAGAAUGGUAGACAUAUAAUGCCUGAUUACAAAGAUUUGAGCACAUACGUUUACAGUAGAAUAUCUGCUUUUGUGUCUUAUGUACAUGGUGGAAACCGGCCCCUAAUGUUUACAUCUAAAAUUUCAUUAUAUUUCAAUGAAACAAAGAAUUUAAUGUUGUAUGAUUAUUGUGUGAUUGUGGUUGCCAUUAUUUAAAAUAAAACAAGACAAGUCAAUGA